UCUUCCAGAAACUUCACUCCCUCGCUCACAGCCAUGGCUAGGGUUCCAGGCAAGCAUGGACGUGAUCAAGCCCUGGAUUUCCAGGGGUUUUUGAAUGAUUUGCAGGACUGGGAGCUUCUUAAGGAUACUGAUAAAAAGAUGAAGAAGAAGUCACGAGCUUCUGAUGUGAAGAUUGGUGAGGAUGGAAGAUCAAAAGGAAAAACUUCUGCUGCUGAUUCUUCUAGAAGUGGUUCAGGACAGUAUGAGUACUCAAGGAACUUUGGUGCAAUCAAUCGUCUAUCAAGUAGUUUUACAACUGAUGAGAUUACUGUGGAUGCUACCACAGAGAAAGAAUUGGGAAAUGAAUAUUUUAAGCAGAAGAAGUUUAAUGAAGCUAUUGAGUGUUAUUCAAGAAGCAUAGCCUUGUCACCAACAGCUGUAGCCUAUGCAAAUAGGGCAAUGGCAUAUCUCAAAAUCAAAAGAUUUCGAGAGGCUGAAGAUGACUGUACAGAGGCUUUGAAUCUAGAUGAUCGCUACAUAAAAGCGUAUUCACGCAGAGCAACGGCUAGAAAGGAAUUGGGGAAACUUAAAGAAUCCAUCGAGGAUUCUGAAUUUGCUUUGAAGUUGGAACCUAAUAACCAGGAAAUCAAGAAACAGUAUGCUGAAGUCAAAUCUUUGUAUGAGAAGGAAAUUCUCCAGAAAGCAUCUGGCACUCUCAGAAGCUCUUUACAAGGAACACAACAAGGAGGAAGGUCAGAAGCAAGUGUAAAUGGACAUGCAGUGCAUCCAGUCUCGAUUGCCACUCAAAAGACUGGGGUCUCUGCGUCUAAAAAAGAUAACACCAAGGAGAAUGAUGGAAACAAUCUUGUGAAGAAAUCAGUGCAUGUGAAAGAAUUAAGGAACAGAAGCAAAUCUGAUGGUCAUGUAGGCAAUGAUUCUCCUGCAAAUGCCACUCCGAGUUCCAGUGUAGAGAGUGUCCAGAAAAAUAAUAGAACUCGAAGACAAGAGCUGAAGACCUCAGUAAUAGAACUUGCUUCUCAAGCAGCUUCUCGUGCCAUGGCUGAAGCUGCAAAAAACAUUACUCCUCCAAACUCGGCUUAUCAAUUUGAGGUUUCUUGGCAAGGCUUUUCUGGUGAUCGUGCACUCCAGGCUCACCUCUUGAAGGUUACUUCUCCAAGUGCAUUGCCUCAGAUAUUUAAAAAUGCAUUGUCUGUUCCUAUUCUAAUCGACAUCAUCAAGUGUGUGGCCUCCUUCUUCAUAUACGUCUGGUAUGCUUUUGUAAUGCACCUUUGCAGAUUUUAGAAAGCCUUGAGAUGACACUUCAUCAAAUAUGUUCCAUUUGUCAGGUUUAGCCUUCUAAUGUUUAACCACGUAUUGACUAAAUUUGAUGUCUUGUCUAUGUUUAAUUUUUUGGAUGGCACAUGGAGUUUCUGAUUGUGCACAUGGUACACUAUAAAUUCCUUUACAACACAUAUCAGUUCAAGCAAUUGUCUUGUAUGAACACAUAAUAACAUGCAAAGUUGCCUUGUAUGGAUCUAUCAUAUAUUGAACAUAAUUUUCAAGCUCAAUAUUGAGAUUAGUAUGGAUUUAUGUGCACUGACUUAAUUACCAUCUGAGCAGAUCUUCUCAAGAUGUGGGAUGGAGUCUUCUGUAGUGCAUCAACGCCAAUUGAAUAUGCUGAGAUUCUUGACAACUUACGAUCAAAAUACUGUCCGAAAUGUUGACAGGCUUAUAACAUAGAGAGUUUUUAGUAUCACAUGUUCUUCAUCCAGUCCUAACGUUGUUGUAAGUAACAUUUCUUUUCUUUAAACGAAUUGUAAGUAAUGAGUUCAAUAGCUCCACCACUUUUCUCUUGAUGUACCCGGUGGGAAUUCAUCAAGAAUUUGCUAAAAUGUUUUGAAUUUCUCUUA